UGGUCAAAAAUGAUGGCCACAGGGGCAACCACGGGAGGCGACAUGAAAGAUACGCAUGGCACAAACAUGGGGCCACUCGGACCACAUGGGGUUGGGCGAGGUUUCCGGUUCUUCCAGAAGACCCCAAACGCUUCGAGCUCCGUUCCAAGCUCGACAACAUGGCCCGCCGCGUUCUGAAAUCAAGAGCCCGAGUGCCUACGCUAUGGAGAAGCAUUUUUGGUGGGGCCGCGCCGCUUUAUGUGUCUCGCACACGCGUGAGACCGGUCUCACGCACCAAAACCAUUCGAUCCCGGCGGCAGAUCCUUCACCCGCCGGGUUAUAGCGAAGCUUGCUAAGUACACUAGCCCCGGCAGAUUGAUCCCAGGCCGGGAUCUGCUGCCUUGUUUGAUUGCGUGACGCCAGCGCGCGGGUUGCCCCCCGCCGGGCGGUCUCACGCGUGAGACACAUGAGGCGGCGCGACCCCGCCCGGGGCGUUGGUUUUCGCCGUAUCGGUAUGUAGUUUUUUAAGCGAGACCGGCCGCCCGGGGCGCGAAUGUAUGUUUGGGCCGCGCGCCCUGGUAGCGUGCGCCGCCCCCCUGCCGCUCAGACUAUGGCGAGCUAUGCAUGGCGCGGCGACGCUUCGCACCGCGCAUUGAUUGGCACAAGACCUGGGUCGCCCUUUAGGGCGACCCCUUGGUGACCGGUCCUAGGAGUCUGGACAGGAACGAAGGCAGGUAGGGUAGAGCAGCCGCGCCGCCGCAGAAUGGCGCCGGCGGCGGUGGGAGAAUGAAAGACAGAGAGACGGCAAGGUAGGCGCGCCUCAAAAUAGUAGAGACACCGAUAGCGCAAGGGCGCGAAGGGAUUACACGCGGGCCGUUUGCUUCCGAGUAGCUAGCGGGGCGGUCGGCCCUCGCUCUUGUUGGCCUAGCCGGCCGGCCCGCCCGAUCCCCGUGCGCUGCCGGCUUGCGCCUGGGCUGUGUUGCUUCCCGCGCCAACCCUUCGCGUGCCCCUAGAGGGCUUUGUUGUUUCCUUGACAUGCCCUUGGCUACGGCCGAGGCCCAUAGUUCCAACUUUGGGCGGGUGACAGAUGAGCGAUUCUGUGGCCGGCGGUCUUCGGCGGCCCAAAAGGGCAAAGCAACGCGCGCGGCCGCAAACAUUGCAGCACGGACGCCGGGGCCAGAGACAGGCAGGCUAAACCGUAGGACCAGAACCCGAAACCCUAAACCCACGCAAGUAUCUUCCUAGCGCAAGCGGCCCCGCGGCCGGUGGCCUUCGGCCGCCGCAAAGAAAGAAAGAAAGGGGAGGGCCGGGGAAGCGCCGUGCGAAUUAAUACCGACAGAACGCAGCGUGGAAAGCCCGCGUUACCGCAAAGCACCGACGCAGCACGCGGGUGCGCGGAGGGGCCCACCCCCGGGCCCGCCGUCCCAAGGGCCACCAAGGGAAGGAGGGCCCCACAGGACCCCCAGGGGGCCCCCCAAAGGCCCCCCCGCUAGAAGGGGGCAAGGGCCCCUUCUAUCUUCUUCUCCUGUUCGGCCUGUCUCCCGUGUUUUUGUCCUUCCCGGGGGAGGGCUGGGCAGCCAGGUGGCGCGCCGUUGACCUUAUUCAAAAGAAUAAGAAACAAAGCCAGCGGCAGCGUUUUGUUUGCUUUGGAAGAUUGCAGCGAGCCGCAAAGCCGGCCAUUGUUUACCAAAGCUAACUUCUAACAGGCGGCGCCUGCCUCGCUUCACAUCAAUUUUUGGGGCUGUGUGCCCAGGCAGAUACUCAGCCAACUAGUCACAGAAAGUAAGCUUGACGACUCCGGGGCCGGCGCGCACUAUCUCGCGCGCCCGCCUAGGCUAUGACGUGCUUGCAUAAAAAGGGCGCGCAGAACAAGCCGGCCGAAGAAGUGCCUGGAAGGGGCCUGCCUUGGGGUUGUCCCGGCCUCCGUCAUCGAUCCAUCGCGAUAGGGCCAAUGAGUGCGACCAUCGGCCCCCUGUUUAUUUUGGCGCGCAAUCAAUCACAAAAAAGCGCAUGGGAUGGCUUCAGGGCUUCGGUGGUAAGGCGGGCCGGCAACAUCUAGCGCACAUUGACCGUAAGCACGCGUAAGAAAUCCAUCGGAGGCGGUUCCGUUCGGCUGAUGUGGUCGGGUGGUGCCCGUAGGAAGUGGAACGGGUGCCCACCUAGGGGCAUUUGCAGAGGCCAAGCCUGUUCUAGCGCCCAGGUAUUGGUAGAGGCCAGGUCUGUUCUGACACCUCGCCUGCCCGCCCGGGGUUAAAUGGUGACGACUACUACUACUUGGCUUGGAUUUCCGCCCGGGCAAGACCUCGGCCAGCUAGAUUCGCGCGCGCGCUCUGCAUGUCCCUGUCGGACUGUCCCGCAGGCAAGCCGGCCCCCGUAAGUUUUAUUUUCCCCGGACCCCCCGCCAGCCUUGGCAAGUUUAAGUUAACCGACCGCGGGCGCGCGGUUGCCCCAGCCGCCCCGGGCGCCUUUGCUGGGGUGGAAUCCUUUCGCCGGGCGGCGCGCUCCUGCGCUUUCGGCGCUUUCUCCUCGCGGGCGGGCCAAAUUUCCUUGAGAGGGCAUGCGUGCCGAAGAUAGACAGCGCCCGCUCGGGACUAUGUAUAUAGAAAACAGUUUGGGUGCGCUUCCCCUCCAGCGCCGCGAGCGUGCGCCCCGUCCGCCCCUUUUCCCGUGAUGUAUGUUUUUCGCGAAGAUAUUAAGUUGGGUCCUGGCCCGCAGGGGCUCCGCCUCAAUGGCAAUGCCCUGGGGGAAAGGGGGCCCCGGGGGCGGGUUGGGGGGUCCAGGACCCCCCUGCCACGGGCGGACUCGUAUCUUUUUGUCCUGCCCGGAUUUCUGGACCUCUUUUCGGCCAUUGUUGUAUUGCUAAUCCUUCUGCGAAAUUCGAUUUCAAGCUUCUUCCCGGCUGCGAUUGGGGUUGCGCAACCUCCCCCGGCCUCGUUUCAUGUGCGUCCAAGAUUUUACAUACAAAGACAAACACAAAUGCGCGCGCAAGCGAAAACCUACUUGAAGGAGCUAGGCAAAGCCGUAGCGGAACUGGCGAAGGAGAUUCUGGGCGCGGGGCCGAGAACCAUAGCCGCGCUUAUCAAUAAAAUCGUCUACGGCCAGCGCCGUGAACAAAAACACGAGGGCCUCCCUUGUCUUGACGAUUUCCCAUCUUCGCUAGAGGAGGUGAAGAUGCAGCGCGAUCUAUAUAACGAGUGGCAUGACAAACAAAGCGCUACUACUCGGACUGGGGGCUACGUUUGGUCGAAAGACCAGUGGCAUGUGAUGAAGAUGCGUCAGUCUGUGCAGCAACUACGUUUUGUCUGGGAACAGCCUGGACAGUCCGAACUUCAGAUCCGAGACGUGGUAGGGAAGCUAUUGCAUUACGCCGAACACUUUCAAAAGACUGGAGCUGAACCCGACACACACACCGCAAACCAGCACGGCCGGGGCGGACACCAACGCGCCAACCGACGCGCGGACGCGAGCGUGUGGCCACCAGAGGAACCACCAUCUGAAAGCAAUAUCGGCUACAGGACCCUACCCAAUGAGUUCGAGGAUGGUGUACUCGACAAGCUUCAGAAACUCCACGAAGAAGUGAAAGCAUACAUAGGUCCUCCAAAGUAAGAGAGCCGAGAGCGGGGGGCGACCAUGAGCGUAGCAGUGACGACAGCUGGUCGCGAGGACAACGAAGACGAACAAAAUCAUGAUGAUGGUAGAAGCUACUGCCUCAAGCAAGAUAUAAUUACCGUCUCAAGACGGUCGAUAUCGAUACUUCGCCAAUCUUAGAGAACGAAGCGUGAACAUGUGGACAGGCCCCUUUUUUUAACCCGUUCCACAAUACCCCGCGCAAGCUACAUGAUGACGAUGAUGAUGAGGGACGCCUCUAGCAUAAAGUAGGGCCACCGAACGCAAACCCACGUAGAGCAACGCCGAGUAGUGACGAUGAAAGACGAAAAGGUAUAGCUGUAAACUCAUAGAAAAUAUGGAAGUGCUGCAAGUACAUGGCACAUCUAAGUGCAUUGCAUUGAUUGUGAUUGCGCAGGAGACUACAAGGAAGAAACUCUGAACAAGUUCCUACACGAAAUUGGACACGAAAGCCUACCUCCCCUUCGUUCUGAAGUUGCGCCUACAGAUCGAUCCUGAACAGGGGAGCGGCCCCCCGCCUUUCUUUAACCUCCUUCGCGAUACCAUGAAGAGGCUAGAAGAUGUCCAUGAUGAGAACGCGGAAGUUGUUGAAGGUCCUGCGUUUGGGAGGGAACACGCAGGCGCCUUGUAGGUCCUUCUAGUUCUAGCUUCAGCAAUGUAGCAGCAGCAGUAACAUAUUUGCUUCAGCUUCAGGUGAAGCUGGUGUAGCCAAUCGAUAUACGAAGCCUUUGAAAGAAAGAAGUAUACAGGAAUCUCGGCCAAAAGCCCACAAGCAGAGUUCGUGUCAGCACUGAUGGCGGAACUCUAGCGCCGCGUGUCAGCAGCCGCGACUGACGUCGAUUUUUCCUCACCGGAGUUCCCCCGGUGGCGCACUGCGCUAGUCCUAGUCUUAGUGUGAUGUUGCCCUCCAAUUAUAGUCGACGCCGAAGCCGGCAACGUGUAGGAAAGCUAGUGGGGCUUCUACUUACUCGCCCCUUCACUCGUAGGAAGUAACCGGCUGCAUCUGCAAGCGCACCACCUAGUGGAAACAGCGCACCUGCUGAUGGGGCUGCUCGCCCAUUUACCCCUUGGCUUCGCCCGCCUUUCCGUCCACAAGUAGAAUGCGACAGGCGGCCUGAGUGUGAAAAUGCGCUUCUUACUUUUUAUUAAACCGAAUGCACGAGAAAUGAGAAAGUGUUUCUUUCUUUGCCGCGAAAAGCGGCAUACCGGACGAAAUCAACUGCUUUAGGAUCUUCAAGUGCAGGACAAAGUGUGACACUUUUUUUUUUUGAAUUCACGUCUAAGGCGAUGACCACAAAAACGCAAUGCAGUUGUAGUCCAAGGCUGUCGCGAAGAAGGUGUCGGGAAGAACGCAGAAGUGUGAGAAAUGGCGCACACAAAAGAAGCACGCCGUCCCACUAGAACAAGUCAACGAAAGAGACGCCGAUGCUGUUGGAGCGAAAGAGAUGCAACGCGCUGUCCGUCAGCCGGGUGCGCCAUUCUUUGAGGCACUUGCUAUGUAUCAGAGCCUUACAACAAACACGAACAGGGCAGCAAAAUGUCUCAAAUGUAGCAGUAGCUCGUAUGUUUCUAGCUACUAGCCUUCGAAGGACCAUGAUCCUCGGCCACGGCCCGAUGCGCAGCAGCAUGCGAAGUGUAUCUAUCCAGCAGCAAGGUCUGCGCACGUUCGCUCACAAUCACAUCACUUCCUUAUUCGUUUUUGCGUUUUCGUUUU